AUGACUACCGAAGAAUUUAACACAAAAGCCGCAGGUGUGAAUAUUGAGAAGAAACAACAACAAGGAAAGACAAAAGGCAAGCAAAUCAGUACUAGAAGUCAAACCGCGACCUCGUCAACCUCCGGACUAGGAGGUAUACCACCUACGAGUUCAGGAAUUGCAGCCUUACCCUCGUUCGAUGCCAACGGUAAUCCUAUAGACCCAGGUCAAAUAGGUGGAAACAAACCUAGAGGCGAUGGAGACAAUCAUGAUGAUGACAAUCCUCAACAAGAAGGUGGAAUGGGUAAUCAACACCAAAUAAGUACCGACCUGAGCCAAGGAGAUCAAUCACAUGAUGACCAAACUGGAGACACAUUGAUCGCUCUAGCUUAG